CAGUCAUUGUUGGCAGGUUGUGUCAUCUCUGGGCUUGUCCAGAAUGCUAUUAUUACCGCGCUGCAUGCCGACUGCAACUUGUACCCAUUCGGUAACAAUGAUAGUUGGAACUUGGAACGAUUACGAAUACUACUCGUUGAUAAUGACUAUUGUCAAAGGGUGAACAAUGAUGCACAGUCUACUACGAGUCUAUUUCGUAGAAAGUUUUAGCAAGAAAAGAAACAAAGCUGUUUAGUACCUACGUAAAUUAUACAUAUAGUCUCGCCCGGUACCACCUACCACCCGGUGGUCAUGACUUUUUACAUUUACAAUAAUAAUGUACCUACCUACCUACCUAACUAACUAACUAACUAACUAACCAACUACCCAACUACCCAACUACCCAACUACCCAACUACCUAACUACAAUGUGUCAAUACAAUUUCACUUUAUUGUAUACGUUUAGCGAAAGCAUGAUAGGUACAUCUGAGGGAAACAAAUUUUUGGGCGAAAUGUUACGUGCUGCAGCGAGAUUUCGCAUGUCUCGAAGGAUUUGACAGUUGGCGGGCAUCUGGUCUCUCUACUCUCUAGUACCUCUUCAAUGCCAACCACGAUUUACGAUCUACCCACGUAUACCGAGUGUCGCGUGGCGUGGGAGUACUCUCGUGCUGUGAGCGUACAUAUAGUGGGGAUCCUCCGGUACUCUACUGGCUCGCACAGAACGGAAAGGAAAGGAAAGGAAAGGAAAGGAAAGGAAAAGAGUGGUAUACCUACAGCUAGGCUGUAAACGCGAUUAUGUUUCUUUACUGGCAAACCCAUUUAGUGUUCCUUGCAGCACGAAGGAACUUGGUGUCGUUCCAACGGCUUGGCCGAACAAAAAAAGAACAAAGAUGUUUGUUUAAUCAACUCUUGGCACUGGCUAGCUCUUGCUGUAGCUUAUCAUUGACCACGACCACAACCACGUCCAACGACUACGACUGCGAUCGUGUCACUCGAGGUGUUUGUUUUCAAUCGGAAAAAGGGAGGUGCACGUGUGAGGUGUGUUAGUUGUCGCGAUGCAACAGUAGCGCAAAGAAUCUUUUCGAUAAACCCACAAGUUUCAAAUUUACCGCGUGGAAUCUGUCGUCUGGUAUUCGUCAGGGUGGCUUAGGUGGUGUGCGGGUGUCUGUGGGUGUGUGUGUCCAAGCGAGCCAACAAUACAGCUGUCCGUCAUGGGACCAAACCAUUUGGAACCAAUAAGAGAUCAGCCACGACUUUAAAACACUUUUUAUCGUUCGAAUAAAUCCAAGACACAGCAGGACGAAAGAAAAAUUUCCUGCAACGGAUUCGAAAUAUCCAAGUCAGAGCCAAGUCGUAGUCAGACACGUAGUCAGGCACGCAGGCAGGCAGACCUCGCGUCAUAAAACUUGGCUGCCUAUGGCGGAAACGACCUAAGACACGCGCGAACCAAGAUGAGUAUCCGAUGUACGUGAACAGAAGAAGAUAGGAAGGUAGAUGAUAUUAUAGGAUUGGAUCGGAUAGUGAAGUCAGGACGGAGAAGAUGGUGUACAGAGGCAGCUUGCAGACGGAUGAUCCGCGGGACGCGCCCAGGUUGGUCAGAAUAUCGCCGCUCCGAACCAGUAGACCGGGCAAUUCUGUGGCCAAUUCACGGCCGGGUGGCUCUGUUAACAGCCCGGUGUAUCAUGGUCAGUUUGUGCCAGCAAUCGACGUUCAUCGAGCCAAAUUGAUCGAAGAAAGACGCUUGGGUCGUGAAAGAGACAUCGUAUCCGUAGAGAAGGUUAUUAUGAGGACGACUGGCUUGAAGGUCACCGCGCCAAGGUUGCGGAACAUGAAUCAGAUACGAGAUACGGUAUUCGUCGAGCCUACUAUGGAGAUACCGAUAGAGAAGAUCGGCCGGCGAACGGACAGAGAUCGGCCAAGAACCAUAGCAGUCGAUAGUUACAACAGGUCUACGAAGAUGGCAAGUUCCAUGUUGGCCGAUUUGAAGGAUCUAGAAAGACUGAGAAAUAGCCCGGCCGCGCAGAGAUGUUCCAGGACAGGAAAUAGUAGCGAAACGACGAAUAUUCGGUCCGCGGUACCGAAUAAAAAAACCGAACUGUCGAAUUCAGCGAAAAUUCGAUCGGAUAUACGAAAGAUACAGGAAAUGUUUCAAACAGCCGAAACAGCAAAUUCGCCGGCAACGGCAACGUACGCACACGAGAAAAGAUUAGGCAAGAGAAACGAAUUCGUGAAACAGGAGAAGAAACUGGGAACGGAAAUGAACAAAACGAGAUUAUUGGCUCAGAAGCUGUUCGAGGCAUCACGGGGUAACCGAGAGGCACUCAAAGAUCGCUACAGCAACUCGAGGAACGUCUCCUCGAAUAAACAACCGAGCAAACAUAUCAACACCAAAUUGCCGAGUAAAAUAUCGUCGCAAACGAGUAUCGUGGAUGCCGAUCAACCGGGAAUCGAAACAAGUGAAAAGCAACUGGAGGAAGUACAUCCGCGUCCUCCGGAUCGGAAAAGAAAGGAAAAGAAAAAUAUACUCGGUAGCGACGCGAACGAUACAACUGUCACCGAUAAUAUCGCAAAAAAGGAAAAGGCAAAGAUUGUUCGACCUGAUAGCGAAGCCCGAUCUUCAGUAUCGUCAUCCAAUCGGAACGUGUACUUGAAUUUGAAUUCCGAAUGUGUAGGAGACGAUUCGAAAGAGUCGAGAACCAAGGAGCUCGAUAGACCGGAUAUCUUGAACGGAUUAUUAAAGGAGUCUGACAAACAACUGGCAGAUCUGAAAUUCGAUUUCAACCAGAGGGGAAGAUCGAGGAAUCAGUGGAGAGGAUUCGUGCAAUCUAUGAGACUGCACGACGUUGAACUUGAUUCCGAUAGCGAGGAUCAGAAAAAAGACUUGAAUCUAUGGAACAAGAGUAUCAGUCAGCGAUGGAGAAAACUCCGAAGAAGGUGUUCCGUGCAGGAAACUUCGGAGCCUCAAGAGGCUCUUAUACAAGGUGGAACGACUCAGGCUGGUGUAAUUCAACCGGUCAGAUCCAGCCCAGCUAGCAGAGAAUCCUCUCCAGCUACGAAGAGUCUUCACGAUGCCGAUUCACCCAAGAAAUUCUUACAGACUAGCUCUCUAAGACUGCCAGGCACCAACAAGGGUAUCGCCGACAUUCAGCAUGUUUUGCGGAACAAAUUCAGCAAAAUAAACGCCGGUAUCCGAAAACGAAAAGCUCUGAGCGUGGCUGAGGUGUUCUCGCCGAAGGAGACCGUGUCGAAUUUUUACGUGCCGAGUCCGUUGACCUCGUCGUCCAGUCAACACUUGGACGGUGACUGCUACGGGUCCGAAUGCACCGAGCCGACAUCUCUUCCGCCUUAUCCGUUUCACGAGAACCUCGAAACGUUGGAGGAGGGCAGCCUACCAAACACCCCGAACUGCACUAGCCCGUUGGCAAAUACUAACAAAAAGUUGACGUACUCGCGAACCAACAGCGUCUGUGAUUCCCCGAUUCCGAGUCGCGAUCAAACUUGCAAACACGUUUACGAGGACGUGUUGUUCGCUUCCGCCUCUACCUCUGCCUCUGCCUCUGCCUCUGCCUCUGCCUCUGCCUCUGCCUCUGCCUCUGCCUCUGCCUCUGCCUCUGCCUCUAUCUCUGCCUCUAUCUCUGCCUCUGCCUCUGCAUCUGCAUCAUCGGGAUAUUGUCCACGAUCCAGGGCUCUCUUGCAACGUAGCAAUUCUGAGAAUCGCGAUACCGGAAAACACCGUCAUCACCAUCACCAUCAUCAUCACCAUCACCAUCGCCACGAUGGCCAUGACCCCCACGAUCAUUCGUACGAAAACGUGCGUUUUCAACGGGGCUACGGAUCGGAAGUUUCGUCGUUCGUUGUUCCACAUACGGACAGACAUUUGGCGCAAACCAACUCCGAGACUAGAGAUCACCAUUCCUAUGAAAAUGUCCAUUUUCCGAGAAACGACAAGGACGGAGAGUCUUCGUUCGAUGAGAUUCACAUACCGAGGGUGACACCCCGCAAGAGAGUGACCGACUUCAAAGUAGGAGGUCAGGUGAGCAAUUACUCGAAUGGAUCCGAGUUAGGCUGCUCCUCUUGCCUGGCCAGAGAGGACGGGCCUUCCAGUUUGGGAUCCGAGAAAAGUCCUGGCAAGAAGACUACGAGAAGAAUCAACAGCAGAAGCGUCGCCAAUAUUCCUAGUUCUUCCGGGUCCGGUUUGAAGACUUGGCAAGGUAUUCAAGACACGGACGAAGGCUUGAAUACCGACUCCGAACUCGAAGACAUCGACGAAGCUGGCGAGGGUGAAGAGUCAAAAUUCUGUACUCUACCAAGGCCUGGCAAGGGUGGCGCGUCAUUCACGAUAUUAACUGCCAGAUUUUAUAAGGGUCCCGGUCUUAAAGGACUCGGUUUUAGUAUCGUUGGCGGCACCGACAGUCCGCGAGGGAACAUGGGAAUCUAUGUGAAAACCGUCUUUCCUAACGGCCAGGCCGCCGACCUUGGAACUGUCAAAGAAGGGGACGAAAUUUUGUCGAUAAAUUCAAAACCACUCGACGGUAUGACACAUGCCGAGGCAAUCGCCGAAUUCAAGGCGGUAAAAGCCGGAGACGUAGUUUUACACGUUGGGCGUCGCGUGAACAAAAAGAAAAGGGAUUCUCUGACUUUACCACCGGUGGGUCCUCCUGUGUCACGUCAACAAGUCAAAUGAACUAUUUCAUCUUUUGAUGCAACAUUUCGCGCAAAACCCUUACGUCUUCGUUCCGUAUUUAGACGUUGCUGAUACGUACUCGCGUAAACACCACUCUCUUCGCUCCACAUAAAAGGACGUAUAAAUAAUGAAUAUUUCACAUAUGUUGCUUUUCAACGCCGUACUACGAUAUCGUAUUAUUAUUGCUGGCAAUAAUAACACCAUGAAUUUUUAUCGUGUUUCAUAUGUGCAACAAAAAAUUUUCUUACGUUCGUGACUUGAAUACUCGCGUCGCGAGUCGUGACGCGACGCGAUGCGACGCGGCUGGGUUAGAAGAAAGAGGCGAAUGUCUUGUAGUCAAACAGCGAUGUACAAAAAUCGAAAUACUAUAUAUGUAAUCGAAUAAUGUUAUAUUCGAUAUUUAUCGAUAAUCUUUAUUAAUCAAUCAUUCCCUUAAAGUCCCCUUAAAGUUACCUGAAAUGGUUCGCUUAAGACUCUGGCUUUCGUAACUCUUUCUCAUGUUGCAUUUUCGAGAAUUUACUCGUACUUUUAACUGUCCCCGUCCUCGUCCUUGGUGGAGUAAUUCUACUUUUGUAAGCAAUCACGAUGAUUAAAAUUGAUCAAACGACGUACUCGUGGGUACAGAAGAAUCAACGUACUCCGCGAUUUAGUAACUAGCAUGCGAUGAUUUAUUUUUGUAAAACGAGAUUCGUUGUAAAAAGUACCGAUAUCACGUACGAUUCGCAGCAGAUGUUGCUCGAAUAUCGUAAUAUCGAACACACAUCGACGUAUCAACGAAUUUAUAGAAUGAUCGGUCGAUUCGAUAAACGAUCGACGCGACGCGACGCGACGCCUCCGAUGAAUCCGCAGUCCGAAUGGCCUGAUCUAACAUGACGCGCGUAACAGGAUUCUCAAAGUUUUCCAUGUUGUCGCAAUUAAAGAUCAAAUUAUUUUUUAACUAUGCAUAGAAUUAACGAUGUUUGCCCAAAGAUCGAGUCCAAAAAAUAUUUUUACUACAAGACGAAUGAAACGAACAUGAAAAAAGAAAACGCAUAUCUAUAGAACUGUAUACAGUAAAGACUGGAUAGAAAAUCGGGAGAAAGAGGUCCGAGGAAAAAUGCAGUCGGCAGAAAGCGUAUCAAUCGGUUAGGAUCAUAUUACACUGUCCGCUCGCCAAGCGUUGUCAUCGAGCGUCAAGAGGAGACCCCAUCCCUCCGCCCCUAGUGGGAAUAGUCAUCUGGCAUUUAUCCAGUCUUUACUGUAUAUAUUUUGACUGGAUCAGAAGAACACGUAUUUACUUUAAGGAGAAAAAAUGUUAUUAGUAUCUAGUCCACUUGUAAUAUUUCGUUUCGAGAAAAUAUUUUCAAUCUUGUGUACUUUUUAUUUUAUAAAUAUAUCCGUAUAUAGUAUCGAGAAGAAAACGAGAAGAAAAAUAUAUAAAAAUAAAUAUAUAUAUAUAUAUAUACGCUUAGAGAUAUACAUAUAUACACUUAUAAGAUAAUGCGCGCUCGCGAGCGUCUGCGCGUGUGUGUAUAUCUAUCUACAUAUACAUACAUAUACACACUUACACGCAACUAUAUCUUUCUUACAUCGACUUUUCAAGGUGGAAACAGUGUCAACGAAAGUAGUCAAUCGAUCGCUAAUUAAUUAGACUUACAAUUAAUAUAUCGCCUUUUUCCAACGACAUUAUACUUAUACUUAGACACAUUAACCGCCAUUAAUAUCAAUGUUGAACGUUGAUACGAACUGUCAGAUUUUUGUUCUUCAACAAGGAAAUCGAAAUAACGACGGAAUUGACGGCAUUGCCACGUCAAUUCUCAUUGUCUUCCAAGGAAUAAAGCGACGUUAAUUAAGUUAAAAUUAACCGUUUGAGUUUGACUGGAAAAGCGAUGGUAAGAAUGCCCAUAAAUAGUGCCAAACAGCGUGAUCUGUUUCCCCUACUUGGUGUCGUCGAACGUUAAUAUUCACCAUCGUUCCUCUAUUUCGCUAUUCGACGUUUCGCGUAUGGACCGAGUAAGUAGAUCUUCUAAAAAGAUUAUACAGUUUAGUUUACUCGCAAUUGAAAUCAUAACCAUUUUAUUAAAAAUUUAAUGUAUCGUCAUUGGACCGAUGACAGAUGAAAGGUGGAAGAUGGAAGAUGGAAGAUGGAAGAUGGAAGAUGGAAGAUGACAGAUCACGUUGCAGGUACUUAUUAUUAACACUCAAACGGUUAAUCUCGUCUAAAUGGACGCUUGUCGAUUUGUGCACCGAAAACUAGAAAAUAAGGCGGGAUAAACAAAGUGACCACACUCGUUGUUUUAGGGUUUAUUAAUUUCCCUCGUUACGACAAUGUUACAUAUAAGUACGGUUAGAAAAUGUGAUUUACAGUUUUACCACGAUUUAAGCGUGAAAGCAUUAUUUGGUUUUCUUACUUUAUUUAAAUGACGAAUAUACGAAUCUAGGCACAGAUUAGGAAGAGAUGUAUGGGAGAGGAAGCAACAGCUGCAGUGCCUCACCUUUCAAAGGUCCCAUUUUUUUCAAAUACUUUUGACAAAUAAAUUUAAACAAAUAAAUAUCUGAGGAAACGAAUAUUUUCGAUUUACUAAUGUUUUUUCAACGAUUUCAGUAAUUGCUCGCAACGUCCUCCCAUGAAAUGGGGAAUACUUUUCAAUGCCAAGAAAUUGAAAUUCUCCCUUGUGCUCCGUUUUCUUUACAAAGAGAACCUUGGACCAUUCUCCAGUUCCGGAAUCUAAAGAUUCUUAAUUCACAAUUUAGUGAGAGGAAAAACAGAAAAAACAACAAUGACGACGACGACGACGACGACGACGACAACAACAACAACAACAACAACAACAAUGAAUGAAAUACACAACGUUAAUAGCUCUAGCUAACACAUCGUGAGAGUGUA